ACUCUCUCAGAGAAGGAUGUUUGUCCUAAAUUGCGUAUUGGGUCCAUUAGUGAAUGUCUUCUAUUUUUAAACUCCAGUUUUGGACUCCCACAUGUCUGCUGUGUGCUCACCUUGUGUCAUGAAACUUACACCAAAUUACGCUCCAUUAUAUGGGGAGUCUGUUCUGUCUGUGCUAUUGGAUGCUGAGCACACAAUUGAAGAGGAUGUAACCCACUACCUAGUGUUCUCUGGCUCCAGUCAACAUCAUUUAAUCAGCACACAAAGGAUAGAUCAGAAAACAUUGCAGACUGUCGCUCCUGCUCACAACUGCUGUGAGACGGUGAAAGUUGUGCUGUGUGCCUCCAAGAAAGGAUUUCCCAUUUCUGUGCUGGCAGAAGAGAAUUUCCAAUAUGUCCAGGACACUGUGUAUGACAUGGCACAGUUCUUGGUGAGCAGUGCUGGAUCUCAAGAAGCACUCAACGCUAUUAGGAUAUUGGAUAACUUUCGCGAAUCCUCCGACAAUGUGGCAUUACUGGAUAAAAAUCUGACGUUGGAGGUGCAACAUCUGCUGCUCCCGGCCACGUGGAAUGUGCUGGGUCCAGACCCCACAUUACCAGGUUCCAUCCCACGGGAAACCUUGAUGCAUUUUGCAGCGCGCCUGGGUUUGUCCAGACUAGCUUCAUUCCUACUGCGGCAACCAGGUGGACAGGAGGCCCUUGGUAUCACUAACCUUGAUGGUGCGACGCCCAUUCAUCUGGCAGCACAGCGAGGUUUCCAUGAUCUCCAGGACCUUUUUACCCAGCAGAAGCCUGAUGCAGCAUUAGCAGGGGACGUAACACCAAUUGUGUCUUCGGAAGACUGUUCUGUGCGCUACCAACGGCACUUGAAUGUUUACAUGUAUACCAUCAAUAACCCCCAGGGAGUAGAGCUCAACAGUGUGGAACACAACAUCAGUGAACUGCAGAGAUAUAUCCAGUCUCACAGAUGUGAAAUGGAUACACUUUCCAUGCCAUCCAAUCAGUCAUCACAGGCUGAACUACCACAACCUGGUGAAUGUGUUGAAAAUUUAAGAACUGAGGAGAGUUGUAAAGUCAAUACUGGAAACGCCAUCACACAAAUGCCGAUUGAAAUGCCCGCCAAGCACUCAGCUUGCCUACCAGAGGAGGCACCAACUGAUGAAGAGGUGACUAAUGCGUGUCCUGAGGGGAUGAAUUCUGAGAAUCAAGAAGGUAUCACCGAGGACAGCAUUAUUGAUACAAAAUUAGAGGAGAAAGCAGCCAGUUGUGAAGAUACAUGCACAAACCAGGAGUGUGAAGGACGACAGGAGGAGUCUGUGUUGAUUGUAGAGUCUGAAAAUAAAGCAAGAAAAAGUGUACUUGUGCAGAGUACAUCUAAUGGGGACUGUGGUGGUAGCAGUGGGUCCUGUGAUGAAGCUCCUGUGGAAACUUUAGGACCAUCUGAAGAUUUACCCCACAAUCAAGGGUGUGCUGUCAAAAAAGAUGCUUGUCAAGGGGAGAUGAUGGACAAUAUGUUGAUUGUAAAUGAUGAUAGUUCUGAUGGUGAAACAAUAGACUCCAAGAAAAAUCUUGACAUAAAGGUGGAGCCUCUUCCUAUUGUGGAAAAUAAGCUAGAAAACGUCAAAAACUGUGUUGAGUUGGUCACUGAUGAAAAUGUCUUGAGUGAUAAUGGUGGAUCCACAGAGGGAUUUACCCAGGCGACAGAUGGUCCUGCAAUAGAACUGAACAAUGGAAGUCCUCCACUCCCUGAAGAGAUUGCAGAAGUGAAGUUAGAUAUGGAGUUGAGCAAAGAUGAGUCCAGUGCAGAUAUUGAUGUCAGCAUGACUAAUGCUGAAGCUCACCUUGAGGUCAAAAAUGAUUCUUCUGACCAAAUGUUUUCAAAUUCACAAGACUUGAUUCUCAAUUGCAAUGAGAAAUGUAAAAGAGUAAACAGUGAAAUGGCUGCAGUGGAACAGUUUGUACAGAAUCAGGAAGUGUCAGAUAUGGUGCAGUCACUGAGUGAUGUUGAGGAAAAUGAACAAACUUGCUGUACAUCGGAAGUGGUACACUUAAAUGUAUUUGAAAGUGAACCUGAGCUAAAUGAUGAUGAGUUAGAAGUGGACUGUCUUUGUGAUGAUCAGUGGUCCCAACAGGUCGAUGCAUUAUUGGAAACUGCAUUAGAUUCUAACUUUGAAGAUCACGUUGUGCCAAUGGAAGUCCAAUCAAUAGUGGAUUUCAAGGAAGAAGCUUCUCAAAAUGAGUGCAUUAAAGAGUUAUCGUCAUCCAAAUGCAGCUCUGAUAAAGAGCCACCUUGGUUAUCGAUGACAAUGGAAUGUACAACUGAAGAUAAUGAAGAUGAUGGGCCCCUAGAAGCCAGAAGGACAUUGGAGAACCUAUCCAAACCAACUGAUACUGUUGCACAUCUCCAAAACCAGGAAAUGUUGCUCAGCAUAGUGGAGGAACCUGCUGAUUAUAUGGUGGACAGUUCUUCAGAUUCUGAGGAUCAGUUUCAACAAAAUGGGAAACCUUCAACUGUAGAUGAGGAAGAUUCCUGUGUAAUGGAAUGCAGUGGAUCAGGAAGUGAAGCGAAUGGCAAAAAUGAAGACAUUUUUCUUGGAAAUGAAAAAAUGAAUACCAUUUCUUUGGAUACAAAAGUGACACAGAAUUCUGCUGAUCGAAAAUUUAACAUAGUGCUGGACGCGAAUGGAAAUUUAGAAACAGUCAGCUUUAAAGAAGAAGUACCAGAGGACGAAGAUGAUUGUGCCCAGAAACUGCCUGAAGAUCUUGCUGAAUUUGUCUCUGAACAGAUUAGCCGAGAAAGCUGGUAUCCUGAUCCCACGCGUGGCCAAUCAAAGCAGAGUGCCAGUGCAGCCGAAUAUGGCCAGUUGUCCGAGCAACAGUUAGUCGUUGAGUGUACCUCCUCGAUGCCUGUGACUGCGGAUCCUUUGUGCCAUUCAGAUGGAGCGGCUAGUGAUGAGAGCUCAGAGGCUGCUGACCUGCUCAUGAAGCUUGUAGGUAGAGAGAACAUAGAGUAUGAAAUUAGUGGCGUAACAACAAGUAGUUCAACUGUUGGGCAUUCUGAGUCGUCUGAGCUGACUACAGCCCUUGACAGUGAUGUGUUCCUGCCCCCUGAUGCUAUCUUGGAAGUGAAAGAGGAUCAUGACAGACUUAGCCUUUCAAGCACCGAGCAGAGGGACAGCAGAGGGUCAGCUGGGCAAGACAACAGCUGCGCUGUAGUCUGUGAAGCUGAAGAGGAGAAGGACAGCAUUGCUGAUGUGCCCACACGAGCCUCCAUCUUCAGACCAGCAAUCAGGCCACUGUCGCCCUUCAGGCGACAUAGCUGGGGACCCGGGAAGAAUACAGGCAGCGAAACCGAGAUCAAUCAGCGAAGUUCUGUGAGAAUGCUUGGUGACAUGGUAAAGCGGCCACCAAUUCACAGAAGAAGCAUGAGUUGGUGUCCCUCUGAGAAGCAAUGCCGUGUCAUGGAAUCUGACAUUAGUUACCGAAGUUACAGCCUGGAACGACUGGUGCAUAACAACGAGGUGACCAAGGAAACAUUGCACGCUGCGGAGUCUGUCUUGCAGAAUUCCCGUGACCCUCGGCGAGCUCCGAUCGUUAGUACGGAUGAGCGCGGAUCACUCGUCUCACUGACCGAGGAAGAGAUGGAGUCUGACCACAGCGAAGGCAGUGUGUUUGAAAAACCGAAGUCGAUGAGGGUGCAGCUACAUUCUGUUCCUCCGCUGAUGAAAUCCAUUUCACUGCAAGCCAUUAGCCCACCAAGUGUAGACAAACCUGGACGCCCCAGGCCCAAGAAGAGAAUCUCCUUUUCCUUGAGCAUUUCUCCACUCCUUCCUAAGUCUAAAACUGUCUUUUCUCUUGGUUCUUCCUCAAGUGAUGAUGAAUUUGAUAGUUUAAGACCAUCCACCGGCAACUGUCUGGGCCAGAGCAUUUCCGAAGAGGAUUAUAGCCAAGUGCCCCCAAGUCCAACAAGGAAGGAUUUGGAAGGGAAAGGCAGCACUAAAGUAGCUCGAACUUUCAGCUACCUCAAAAACAAGAUGUCAAGUGGAAAGCAUAAGAACAAGGAGAAAGAGAAAUCAAAAGAGAAGGAAGUAAAAGACAAAGACAAGAAAACUGUAAAUGGACAUGGUUUUACUGCUGUCCUGGCAUUCCGUACUCCACCAUGUGACCAGUGUAACAGAGCUAUCACCAGUCGAGAGACAUACCUAUGCACCAGUUGUAAUGCACAAGUCCACAAGGGUUGCCGGGAUAGUCUGCCAUCCUGUAACAAGAUUAAACAGAAGCAACAAAAAGCUCCUCAGGCCCAAGACUCUUCAACAUUACCCACUGUCGUCAAUAUGAGAAAUAAAAGUUUCCAACCAAAAGAACGCCCAAAGUCAGCAAUAAUUCUUCAAGAUGACAACAUAUUGAACGCUCCCAACAGGAAAAUGCCCCUCUACCGAUCACUCUCCAAGAGCAUGUCAAUAGCUAAUAUUGCAGGACCUGCGAUUGAUGAAACCUCCCUUGCUUCUUGGCGGGUUUUGUCUCAAUCGACGGACUCUUUAAACCACAUCAAACAAGUGACUGAGUCAAUGGAGUCACUGACUGAUGAAGGUACUGACGUCAUGGACGGGCAGCUAAUGGGAGAGUUUGAGUCCGAUGCUAAAGAACUGGAAGCAGACUCCUGGAGUCUAGUGGUGGACAACGACUUUGUUUGUCAGCAGAAGAAAGAUGUGAUUAAACGGCAGGAUGUUAUCUAUGAGUUAAUGCAGACGGAAAUGCACCACCUACGAACCCUGAAGAUCAUGUCGGAAAUCUACAGCAAAGGGAUGACAAAGGAGCUGCAGUUUGAAACCUCGACAGUGGAACGUAUCUUUCCCUGCCUGGAGGAUCUGAUAGACAUCCACACACAGUUCCUGUAUCGCAUUCUGGAGAAGAGGAAGGAGUCCUUGGUAGCAAACAGUGAGCGGAACUUCUUCAUUAGAAAGAUCGGAGACAUCCUAGUGAAUCAGUUCUCUGGACCAAGUGCUGAGCGCAUGAAGAAGACAUAUGGGAAGUUCUGUGGCCAGCACAACGACGCAGUCAAUUUUUGCAAAGAGCUUUUGGCACGGGAGAAAAAGUUCCAGGCCUUUGUCCGGAAAAAAAUGAGCAGUUCCAUAGUUCGCAGGCUGGGAAUCCAGGAGUGUAUCUUACUAGUUACUCAAAGGAUUACCAAGUAUCCUGUGAUUGUCCAGAGGAUAAUUCAGCAUACCAAAGAAAAUGAUGAUGAUCACGCUGAUCUCACAAAAGCACUGGCCAUGAUAAAAGAAGUGAUUGCAGCAGUGGACAACAAAGUAAGUGAAUUUGAAAAGAAAACCAGGCUGCAGGAAAUCCACAGCAGAACAGAGACCAAAGCCAUCAUGAGGCUGAAGAGCGGCCAGAUGUUUGCAAAGGAAGACUUAAUCCGGAGAAAGCUUGUACAUGAUGGCCCUGUUAUGUUAAAGACUUCAGCAGGAAGACUAAAAGAAGUCCAGGCUGUGUUGCUUUCUGACGUGCUGGUGUUUCUUCAAGAGAAGGAUCAGAAAUAUACUUUUGCUGCACUGGACCAGAAGUCUACUGUGGUGCCACUGCAGAAGCUCAUUGUGCGUGAGGUAGCACACGAGGAACGGGGCUUGUUCCUCAUCAGUGCAGCUGCCAAAGUACCCGAGAUGUAUGAGGUACAUGCCAGCUCUAAAGAGGAGAGGACCAACUGGAUGCAAAUCAUUCAGCAGACUACCAGCACCAUGGGUCAAGAUGAAGACGAAGGAAUCCCCAGCGAGUCUGAGGAAGACCGGCGGCAAAUAGAGAGCAGAGCCAAAGAACUGAAAGAGAAGCUGCAGGAAAGGGAUCAACAAAUCCUUUCACUCCUGGAGGAGAAACUGAGACUGUACAAGGAAAUGGCGGAGGCUACUGGGCAUGAAGAAGCUUCUCAGAAUCUGAUUUCCAGGUCCUUGUUCAGAGCAAAUUCAGAGGAUGCCCCAAAGGGAGAGUCACUGCUCAAGGAUGCAAUGAAAGAAGUCGAGACCCUGCAGAAUGUGCUGUCUCAGAGCUUUGGAGGUGCUAUCGGGCAGCAGACAUCAGGCAGUGCAGACCAGGAGGGAAUCACAGGGCAUGUAUCCUUACCCAGAAGGGCAGAGACAUUUGGAGGUUUUGACAGCCAUCAGAUGAGCGCCACAAAAAGUGGAGAGAAGGAUGAAGUAGAAGAUGGACAGGACCUUCGCAGGACGGAAUCGGACAGUGUUUUAAAGAAGGGGUUGACUGCGAAUCUGAUCCUGCCAAUCAGAAAGAAUGAGUAUGUGCUUCAGAAGGUGCUGAGUCUGCAGCAGUUGCUGCUUGGAUUACAGGCAGUCGUGGUGCAACAAGAUUCCUUCGUUGAGGACCAGAAGCAAGCGUCGAGUGAGAGGAGUGAGCGCCUAACACGGUCAUCCUUACGGCCCAGCUCCCUGAUUGAGCAGGAGAAGCAGCGAAGUUUGGAGAAACACCGUCAGGAGCUGGCCAACCUGAAGCGGCAGCAGGCACAGCACCUGGAGGAGAAGAAGAAAUGGGAACGGGAGUGGGAGAUGAGGGAAAAGGAUCUGACUGAGCGGGAGUCCAAGGUGUCGCAGCACGAUGCUGAGACAGCACGGUUACAGAAGGAAAUGGAGAAGCAGAGAGAGGAGCUCCAGCUGAGGAAGGAGGAGUAUCAGCAGGACCUGGAGAGACUGAGGGCUGCGCAGAAGCAGCUCGACAAGGAGAAAGAGCAGCUGAAGAGGAUGGAAGAGCUGAUCACUCAUCAAAGACAGAGCCGCCUGACGCACUCGGACUCCCUCAGUUCACAGUCUUCAGAUCGAGAAGUUGUGACACCAUUUGGCACUUUGACCGAGGGAACCCCAAGUUCAACGAAGCCCUCUAGCUGUAAUUCAGUAAACCAGGAACAUUCGGACAUGCACCUUACGAAGAGGGAUGUGGAGACUUCUCCCAGCCCGAAUUGGAAAGACUCCGCACAAAGCAAUUCCAAGAACCUCACGAGUCAACCGUGGAACACCACAAACUCCACCAGCAAUCCCCUCCCACCACGGUUGCUCAAGCUCGCAAAACCAAAGGAGAAGAAGUCCAAACACCGUAAGGGCAAAGGUCACCGCUCUGGGAACUUGCCACCCGAGUACAAUCCAGAUGUCCUACCAACAGCAGAUGGCUCAGCACUGAAUAAAACAGCACCAGAUAAAAAGCACCCUGCAGCUGAACUUCUGGGCAAUGAAGAGGUUUUCUACUGCUGAGCUUUCCUGCUUUACAGACUGUGUGGAGACAUGGGGCUGGUAGAUGGGGAGGGACAGGACUGGGACAGCCCUCAGUCGUGUGGCUGUCUACGAGAUGUGAUAUCCACACUGCCUUGCCCAUUGCUCUCUGAUGGUGGUAUGGAUUUGGACUGCAUGCUGAAAUAAUAAAAGUAGAUAUAUAUUUAGUUGGUACAUCAAUCUCUCUCUCUCUGUAUAACAAAACAAAUAAUGGAGAAAUGGUGUCCGGGGACAAUGCAGAGAAAAAUCUGGCUAAAGCUCACCUUUGCCAAGAGCUUGUUGACUGCAAUUGUAAAUUGAUGCACAUUAAAUCAGAGAAGAAAAACAAAAGUUCAAUAGUUUUUGAAGCAUUACAGCCUUCUAAAGCAUUGUGUUGUCACUUGUGUCGAGCGCUGUUCUGGUAAGGGAGCUUGAGGCAAAUUUUUAAUGUAGCUUCUUCCCUCAACUACCACUAACUGGUGACUGCUGUGUUGUCACCAGAACCUCAGUUCCCGGGCACCACCUUCCAGUACAAGUUGUUUUGGGAGCAUCAGCCUCUGGAAUUGAAGCAGCGAAUGGAUGAUUCUAUUUUGCACCGUUCCAACCCUGUACGAGUAUUUGAAUCAAAACACUUUUCUCCAGAGCCAGUCUCAGUGCUCUGCUCCCCUCCUGUAUUGAUGCUGGCCUUGGCCGUUGACUUUGAGUUUGUUGGUUGGUUGGUGACAAGUGGAUUUUUUUAAACGUACCCCUCCAAAACUAUUCUUCCAGUGACUACGCAAACCACUGACUGAAAUGAGAAAGAAUAUGAGGAUUUCAGGGCAAGAGAGAUUAAUUUGCCAGCUAGCUGAUUCACUUCAACUUUCUGCGCCAUAAAUCUACAUUUUGUAAAUACAAUUGCAGUGAAGUGCAAUGGUUUUUAAUUUGUGCAUUUCUCCCAUUUGAGGGAGAGAAAGGUUCAUCCCUGAGAUUUUCUUUUCCUUCAAACCUGUUAAUAUUUAAAUCUUGAGGGGUUAAAAAUUGUCAAAUAUCGGUGUAAAAUUAAAUCCUGAAUGUAAAAUGUUUUUAAAAACAAGAACUGUAAAACUACGAAGGUGGAAUUAUGCACGAUGGUUUAUACUUGAUUUUGUUUUCUAUUGCUUUAAGUUCCAUUCUACUAGAGUGUUAAUUGGAUAUUGUAAUUGUUUUUAUUUCGAUCAUCUCAUAAUUUUAAAAAUCAAUAAUGUCGUCUUUUGGCUGGCCUUCAUAUGUGUUGAUAAGGAGACACAGUUUGGCGCAGUGUAUCGGGCACUAAACUUUCACCUGGAACCUAGGUUCAGUUUCAUGCCUGGACUGAAACGGGCUCCAAGAUAUUUGGGUCAGCAGAGAAGCCUCUGAUGUGGAAUGAGUUUGGACAGCACUAGUCCAGUCCACACCACACAACAAUCUGUAAUUUGGCACUAACUUUGAAAUCUCACGCACAAGGUGGGGUGGGGCAAUGGGGAGGGUGGGGUGGGGUCACAGGCGCAGUAGGGAGAAAACGGAGAGACAUCGCACUGGGGUUUUACAGGGGUACUUCGGAUGUAAAUCAAAGCAAACCUUGCUCUCACUUGAAUGUUCACACCAGUUUCUCAAAGUGGGACAGUGUUCCACUCCGUUAACUUCACUCACUCACUGAGCACAGAUUCACCCAUUGUCACUGAACACCGACAGUUUUCUGAUACACCUCAUCAAGGGACACUGGGCAGUUUCCUCCAAACCCAUUGGCUUGUUGGUGCUAACAUUUCGAGGGAGUCCAUGCGUCUACAGGGAUCGAGGCUGUCCCUUUUGGUUUAGUCAGAGGGAUAUUUUGCCAUGUUCAACGAGAGAGGGACCACAAAAAUGAUCCCAUUUACCUUUUACUCAUAACACCUCCAACUUACUACAAGGUCCCAUUACAGUAAAGAAGGGAAGAGCGCAGCUGAAACAGGGACAGGAUGAGGUGGAGAGGAGUCACUGAGCAGUAACUGUUGGUACCUCAGAUGACUUUUGACUUGUGGAGGAGUUAGGAAUUGAUGGUCCAUUUUCCUGUUAGGAAUGUAGAAACAGGGUGGUGGCCACUCAGCCCAUCGAACCUGGGCUGCUGGGGUGGAACAUGGAUGCUCUGUAUCUCAACUCCACUUGAUUCCUUAACCCUUAAUGUACCAUUGCCUCACAAAGUCAUUGUCUUGAAAUUGAGGCCCACUCCAAAUGAGACAAGGUCAGCUUGAAAGGCAGCAUCAUCUCCUGAUUGUGGCUUGUUGCUGUGUAGCACUUUAAAGGAACCAAACUUGUUGUUUUUGUUUGAAAAACCUGUACACUGUUGUCAGCUUUCUUACUGCUUUAAUCAGAAGACAAUCACAAUUCCAUGGCCUGUGCUGUAUAUUGUGGAUUCCAAAUGCACAUGUCAGGGAAAGAAACAGCAUUGAGUUUUAAUGUAAGAUGCUAUUUCCAUUAUGUUUUGGACUUCCUCCUGCCCAAGAGAAAGGGGCUGCAUUUUACCAAAGGCAGAAUCCAAAUCCACGGAGAAUACAACCACUGCACGUGGCUUUACAAGCUUCUACCAUAUCCUGUGGUCCAGACUUGAUUUUACUAUCUUAUGAGCUGCUAUUAAUUUUGUAAAUUUUCUUUUCGUAUGGGGUUCCCCUUCAGGUUUUUGCAAUAGCUGUGGUAAUUGGUGUUUAUUUUAAGCAGGGCAAUGUGCAUUGAUACAUUUUUGAGGCUGUCCAUACAUUACCAAUGGCAUUACAAGCCCAACUUUACCAGAAAUGUCGAGAAUGAAGGUUUCUCUCGGGAAAUCCAUUGACAGCGAGCCUUUGUGGGCUCUGUGUGCACCCGGCUAUAAAAAAAAAGACCAAAAUUAUUUGAAUGUGGUAUUUCUGAUCACUUUCAGGACAGUGUAAUGUCUUUUGGUGGGACCCAGGUUUCAUGGCCCUUGAAUAUCUCGUCACCUAAGUGACCAUUUCUUCCUCAUACAUAUCAGGGUUUAGAUUGUGGACCUCUGACCAUGAUGGGUAUCGUGCCCAAUUCAACCUUGGCUUGAUCAGAGAUUCAAGUGUGGGCAUACCCUGUACUGUUCACUGCAAGUGUCACUGAGGCACAGCAAGUGGUCUUCCUCCCACCUCACCUCCUUCCAUUACCAACCUGCGACCGUUGUAAAGUCUCUACCGCGGUCACACCUCUGACCACCAAUACAGAGAACUAUUUAGAAUCUUUUUGAGAACAAAUGCACUCCUCAUGGUACGAGAGGAGCUCAACAUGGCAUAACAAAGAUGACUGUCCUGCCUGGAACUGUAUGGGCUGUUAAGCUCCCAAGAGCUUUGGAAAAGUGGGUUACCCCAACGAAAUUGGGUAGUGUUUCUUACCUUGGAGGAGAAGUAACAAAACUACUCAAGUCCCUGGUUAAUUUUCUAAUGGGUGUGAGGAUGGGAAUCGGUGCUAGUCAAUCCCACAAGAUUUAAGUGUUUUUUAAGAGUUGCAUGCGACUUGUGUUCUGUUGUAACAGUCAUAAAUCCGAGGGGUUUAGUUUGUCUGUCGGCAGUCAGGAGUACAGUGUCGACCAUUAUGUCCACAUUUAAAUCUGAAACUGGAAAUACCCAUGUUUGAAUAUAGUAUUCAAAAAGAGUGGGAUUUGUUUACUCGGUAAGAUUUUCUAUUAAUAAGCAGGUACCCAUAGAUAUAAUUACAUCCAUCUUCUCUAAAGGCAGACACAUCUCAUCUUACCCUCUUCCCACUUAUAUCCUAUCUGUAUUCAUUCAACAAUGCAUCUGACUGUUGAAAUGGGAUAGACAGAAUAUAUUACAGAGAGCGCACAGAGGAAUUUAACCCUAAAUGUGGCUAUUUUAAAAUUAUUUUUAAUUUUUAAAGCACAUGAGAUUUUAUUUAAGCUUUGAAAACAUUACAUUUUGGAAUUUUACAUCCUUCGAGAUCAUUUGUUGAGUUAAUUUUUACUGAGUGUUGAAUGCAGCUCUCUGUAAUACCGUAAGCUUUGGAGAUACACGCCAACCUCCAGCUUCCUCUCAAUCCCAUCCAUAACCUUGGACCAUCACCCAGUUCCUAAAGGGCUAAUAAACACUGAGAAGACAUGAAAGGUGGGCAAGAUUUUAAUUUAGUCAGAAAUUAUUCAUUUAUAGAGUUGACAUUAGGCUCAUUGCGUUCCUAGAAAAAGUGACAUUCCAUGUAAACCCAAGAAUAACGGGAAUGCUGUCUACCCGAUGGGUUUCAAACUUCUAGAUCUUUCCUAAGCCAGCAGGCACCAACCUUGCUGACAAAGACACAGAAUCGCCAACCACUCACCCAGUGCUAGUUAAACUGGGUUCUGCACUUACAGCAGCCCCCUCCAAUCCCAAACGACCGUGCCCAGUUUCUCCACGCCAUAUCAAGUUGCUUGUUACAGACCCGUCUGCCUUGUACUGAAAACAUUUAUGCACUAACUGAAUUGUGGACGUGCUCAGGAUGUCUCUCAAGCAUUUUAUAUACCUCUCUGCUUUCGAAAAAAUAUUCCUGAGGAUAAAAAAAAUCUACUUGCACCAAGGUACACCUUGUAUUUUUCUUGAUUCUGUGUACAAAAAAAAAUUAUAAGGAUGAAAACCUAAUUAUUUUAUGAAUGAUGUAAUUAAUGUAUAAAAGUAAAAACUGUAAACAUAGUUACAUUUCAGUAACUUUGCUGUGAUCGUAAGUAGCUUUUUGUAAUUAAACUUUUAUUUAUCAUUUUCCCCUUAUAGAUUAUCAGCCAAUGUAAAUUUCUUUCCCCAACAAUAAACA